AUGUCACCACCUUCAGCAAUUAUGGAGCCCCUGGCUUCUGUUGUGAAGCCCCUGGGUCUCCAAAAUGGCUUUAGCAAUAAGACCACCUCCGCUCAUCAGCAUUGCCUCAAUCCCGAGUAUACCAUUGUUGAACAGCCCAUCGGCACCAGGCGGCCACUUCGCGUCGUCUGCCUUGGCGCAGGGUACUCGGGCCUUAUGAUGGGUAUUGUCUUCAAUGAACGCAUGAAGGAUGCCAAUGCAGAAUUUGUUAUUUAUGAGCGGAAUGCUGAUUUGGGAGGGACUUGGUAUGAGAACCGAUACCCGGGAUGUCAGUGUGAUAUCCCAGCGCAUAAUUAUGCUUACAGCUUUGCUGCCAACCCGGCGUGGCCAAAUUAUUAUGCAACAUCAGAGCAGAUUCAUUCUUACAUGAAAGAUGUGGCCAAGCAAUACGAAGUUGAGAAAUAUAUCCGUCUUCAACAUUCAAUCGAAUCUGCCAUUUGGAAUGAAGAAAAGGGAAAGUGGGAUCUCCAGAUCAGGAAUGGUUCUACCCUUAUCCGGGAUGAAUGUGAUGUCUUCAUCAAUGCCAGCGGUGUGUUGAACAAUUGGAAGUGGCCCUCUAUUGAGGGACUAGACAGUUUCAAGGGAAAACUCAUGCACUCAGCACACUGGGAUCCCAGUUACGACUUCACUGGGAAACGCGUUGCCUGUAUCGGAAUCGGAUCGUCAGGCAUUCAGAUUGUCCCCAAGCUUGCCAAUGUCGUCGGAAAUAUGGAUUGUUACGUACGAAGCCAAACGUGGAUCAGUCCAGCUCCUGGAAUCAACGAGCCGACAGCGAAUGAUCCAGAAAUGGACAAGGAUUAUAAUUUCGCAGAAAGCACGCUAGAGCUAUUCAAGGAUCCUAAAGUCCUUCGUGACUACCGCGCUGCCAUUAUGAAUCGACGAGCAGAGAACUUCAAUCGCGUGAUUGCCGACUGUGAUCUUCAACAACAAGCCCAAGAUAUGUUCAGGAAGUCCAUGACCGACCGUUUGGGCAACAGUGAGAAGGGAAAGCGCGCAGCUGAACUUCUUGUACCCUCCUUCCCGGUUGGAUGCCGUCGCCAAACACCCGGGCCUGGUUUCUUGGAAGCUAUUGUUCAGGACAAUAUUGAGCUGAGAUGGGACGAUGUCUCAAAAAUUACCGAGCGAGGAAUUCUUACGCGAAGCGGCGUUGAGUUGGAGUACGACAUUAUUGUCUGCGCAACAGGCUUUGACACUUCAUUCAAGCCUUCAUUCCCACUUGUAGGCCGAAACGGAGUCAACAUGGCGGAGAAGUGGGAAAAGGACGUCCCAAAGGCGUACAUGGGCAUGUGCGUGCCAGAAUUUCCAAACUACUUUUGCUUCGUGGGACCUAACUCACCGCUGGCCAAUGGGUCACUGAUCCUUGGAAUCCAGGCAACAGCCGCCUACAUCUACAAAUGGAUGGAAAAGAUGCAAACAGAGGGUAUUCGCAGCUUCGAGAUUGAGGAUGACGUCAACGAGGAGUACAAUCAGCACAUCCAGAAAUACCUUGAACGUACGGUGUGGACUCGAGAUUGUCGCAGUUGGUACAAGCGUGGUACCAUCGAUGGCCCAGUUAUCGCCAUCUACGGCGGAUCGAUCUUCCACCUCUUGGAGGCUAUGAAGAACCCGCGCUGGGAGGACUUCAAAAUGGAUCGGACGCCCGAGGCCAAGAUCAACCGGUUCUCGUACCUAGGUAAUGGAACUACUCUGAGAGAAGCCAAGGGAGGUGAUAUCGGUGCUACACAGACUCUGGACUUUGAUGAGUUCUGGAACCUAUUCAACCUCCCGCAGGUUCAUGAUUAG